AUGAGGCCGAAAAGACUGAUAUUUGGGGCAAAAGCAUCACAGGAUUUAUUCGACGAAGCGAUGUUCCGAAUAUUUGGGGAUAUUCCUUUCUGUCUUAACCAGAGAGAUGACAUACUGAUUGGUGGCAUCAACAUGGAAGAGCACAACAGAACACUAGAAGCAGUACUACAGAGAGCAAAAGAUUUUGGCAUAACAUUCAACAAACAGAAAUGUCAAUUUGGAGUGAAAGAUUUGGAAUUUUACGGCUACAGAUUCACAAGCGAUGGACUAAAACCUACUUAUGAGAAAGUCAGGGCAGUCAAAGAAUGUAAAGCACCAGAAUCAAGAGAAGAGGUUCGAAGUUUCCUAGGUAUGAUAGGUUACCUUUCAAAAUUCAUUCCGAGAUAUGCAGUACUUACAGCACCGUUGCGAAGGUUAACGAGGAAAGAAAUUCCGUUCUCGUGGGGACCUGAAGAAGAGAACGCAUUCCAGACACUGAAAAACAGCAUAACGAAUGAAAACACGAUGGCAUUCUUCAACCCAAGAAAACCGAUAAUAGUCCGCACUGAAGCUAGCUUUCAUGAAGGACUGUCAGCUGGACUGUUCCAGAAGACAAACAAGGGACUGCAACCUAUACACUAUAUCAGCAGGUCAAUGUCACAGGCAGAAAAAAGAUACAGCCAAACUGAGAAAGAUGCUUUGGCUGUGAAAUGGGCUAAAACGAGAUUCAGUAUAUAUCUUCUCGGAGCACCAAGAUUCAAGAUAAUUACGUCUCACAAGCCGUUAAUACCAAUGUUCAACAAAGCAUGUGCUAAAUUACCACCACGAAUCGAAAAAUGGAUCAUGGAGAUGCAAGAUGUGGACUUUGAAUUAGUAUAUGAGCCAGGCAAGGACGAAGCAGAUCCAAUUGGCUAUUUAUCGCAACAUCCACUCAGUGAAACAGAACCCGAUGAUACAGAUCAUACGAUCAAGAUGAUAGUUGACAAUGAACAUGGGCCGAUGCUUGAACGAGUAAAGUCUGCUACAUCAAAAGACGACAUUCUUCAAGAUGUGUUAGACCGCAUGAGACGAAAUGACUGGAAAAUGCACAAGAAGCGACCAGAAAUAAAACCAUACUAUUUGGUAAGACAUGACCUUUAUCGCUCCCAAGGAAUGAUACUACGCAACAGACAGAUAGUUGUACCUGAGAAACUACAGAAUGUGGUUGUCAAAGCAGCUCAUAGUAUGGGUCAUUUCGGCAUAACUGAGACAAAGCAGAUGUUGAGAACUAAAUAUUGGUUUCCGUGUUUAAACGGUCUGGUUGAGGAUGCAAUCUCCAGAUGUUAUCACUGUCAGAUUUCCACUGUUGAGCAGAAACAAGAACCUAUCAAACCAUCAGAGAUACCAGAGACAGAGUGGCAUACAGUAUCCAUGGAUUUCGGUGGACCAUAUCCAGAUGGUCACUAUAAUUUAGUGAUUAUUGAUAAAAGAACGAGAUAUCUGGUGGUUGAGCAAACUAGAUCCACAUCAGGCCGAGUAACAUGUGAGAAAUUACGUGGAAUAUUCGCGACGUACGGAGUUCCAGCGAGGUUAGAGUCAGAUAACGGACCGCCGUUCAAUUCUGUGGAAUUCAAAGAAUUCUCCCAAGAAAUGGGGUUUUACCACCAUAGAGUAACACCUGAGCAUCCACGUGCAAACGGAGAAGCUGAACGUUUCAUGAAAGUACUGAACAAAACAGAGAAAAUAGCUCACAUUGAAAAAAGAUCCAGCUAUUCUGCAAUACAACAAAUGCUUAUGGGUUAUAGAUCUACACCUCAUCCAGCAACAGGCUAUUCUCCAUAUGAAGCCAUGAUGAAAAGAAGCGUCAGAACACUGCUUGAUCAUUUUCCAAGCAUCAAACCAAAUAUAGAAACAAUGGAGAAAGAAAUAACAACAAAAGACAGAGAGUACAAAAAGAAAUGGGAGAAACAACAAAGAAAGACACCCAAUGGUCAAGAUGGUCAAGAAGCACCAGUUUAA